UAAUGUUUAUAUUUACUGUCCAUUAUAUUUAAAUCACUUUAUUCAAUUUUUGUGAAUAAUUAUAUAUUAUUUUUUUUAUUAUUUACACACGUGCAUAUAUAUACUUACAUACACGUAUACGCAUAGAAUUGCACGGUAUACAUAAGUAAUUUAUUUACCUAAUAGUUAAAUAUUUAUUUCUAAUGAUCCGAUUAACGUAGCCUCUGUAUUACUCGUCAAAAGCUAUGUUUUUCUUCUGUUCCCAAAACCUCUGUCCAAAUCACUGAUCCGUAAUAUUCCUUUCCAAUGACCCCGUUUUGCGUGAUCGUGAGAAAUAAGAUGAAGCUGAAUCUUAUUUCCCGAUGAAAGCGAAUUCAGUUGCAUUAAAUACUUAUCUAAUAAAUAUAAUCAAACCAAUAAUCAAAGCCUAUUUUAGAUCUAUAAUUUAUUUCAAAUUUUAAAAUAGAGUUUCAUUUAUAAUUUUAUAUGCUGUAGUUCCUUAGAUACGUUUCAAUGUAUAUAUUUUAAUUUAGAUUUCAUAUUUAUGUAUAUUUGAUUUUCUAAAUGUUGUUGCACAUAAAGUUAUAAAUAAAAUAUUGUCUCCAUCCUAAAUCUGUGUGACAAACUAUAUUAAAUUUUAUAUUAAAAUAUUUCAAAAAAUUUUAUUACAGAAUUAUAUUAUCUGUUAUAUAAUUUUUUUUGUAUCAUUAUUUAAAGAAGUCAAAGAUCCUUUAGCUAUGAUCUCUUAGUCGAGAUGACCAACUUGCGAGGAAUGUGAUUGUCAGGUCAUCCUGUUAGUAGUUUUGAAUCUCGUCGAGAGUCAGCAUGAUUAAUUGCACGACGUUUAUUAUUACGGCAAAAUAAAAACAGCAUUCUCGUUAGCUCGGCGAUAAAUGUAAAAGGACAGUUAUCUAUGCUUCUGAAUAACCUAUAGACAUAUAAACCGUACAUAGUACCGCACAUACAAGCUUAUUUGACGUUUCUUUUUUUUCGAAAAAAUUAAAUUUGAAAUCUAAUUUGUUAUUCAAAUCAAUUUUUUAUUAUUCUAGAACAAAUUUUCUUAAAAAAAGAUCAAUUUUAUGCUAAUGCUAGGCUAGUAUGCAUCUAAACCUGAAAAGCAAUAAGCACUAUAUUGACUCAAUAUUACAAAUAAAAAGAUAUACGGCGGCCUCGAUGAUCUAUCUUUGCAGCUUUCUACAUUAUAAAUUAAACAGCUAAAGAUUUUCUGCAUAACGUAUAAUUGCACGAGUCUGAAAAAGCAUCUAGCGAACAAUCAGGUAUUCCCGUCGUCGAGAGGGCCGUAAAAAAAAGAUUGACACGACGCUAUCAAAAUUACAGCUACCACAAAAUUGUGUUAAUUUGAUGAAGAAGAUUUAUCAAGCUCCCCUCUUAUCGCGCACGCGAUGUAACUUAUGCGCAUACAAUUUUGUGCGCGAAUAUCCGGACGCACGAGGCUCGAGUGACGAUCGUUACACCUAGCGUUCCCGGCAAACUUUACCUUGCGAUCCGAUCGAUAAAAUAUCUUGCGGUUUCUUUACCGGUGUCUUCCUCGCUAAAUUAAGAGGAUCAUUCACGCGGCCACGGUGAGACUCGCGGAAAACGAUUGACGCGGAAGUAGAGUGGCGGCCAACAGAUACUAAGAGAGAAAAGGCAGCGGUCUCUCUCUCUCUCUCUCUCUCUCUCUCUCUCUCUCUCUCUCUCUCUCUCUCUCUCUCUCUCUCUCUCUUUCUCUCUCUCUCUCUCGGCCAUCGGCCCCUCGCCGACUGUUCUCUUCAGGAGGACGACCCACUUCGUCCAAAAGCGAGAGGGACGUUGGUGCUGCUUGGCAAUUACGCGCGUAUACACCUACAAGAAGAACGUAUGUAAGUAAAUAUAUUCAUUAUCUCUCUCCCUACGUUGCGCGUCACAUUGACUCUUCUCUCGCGCGCAUUGCUGGUCGAACUGAUUAUUGCGAGCGUGCACGUACACGAGCAAAAGGAAUCCAACGUUUUAUAUCGCCGACGACUUGGACUGGGAUCGAGAGAGAGAGAGAGAGAGAGAGAGAGAGAGAGAGAGAGAGAAAAAAAAGAAAUAAAGGUUUCCCAGCGUUCUCGCGCGCUUGCCAUUCGGCUGUGGUGCGACGUCGACGAUUUUUCCUGCUAAUUAUCUCCGUAUCCAACGAGUAAUCGAGAAAAAUGUGUAAUGGAUGAGUUUCACCGAGACCGUCGAGCUCGUCGUUUUCCGAUCGGGAGCCUCGUUUCGAGGAGAGAAAUAGAAGCGUCCCGGUAAGUGAAUUUUCCACGUGCAACGUAAAAUGCACGUAAGAUGACAGACAUUCGGUGGACAAAUUGGUGUCGAGAACGGAGGGAAAGCUCAUUUUCACUCGUUACGUAAAACAGCCGAGGCGCACUAUCUUAGAAAACCACCUUCUUUUUUUCCCCGUUUCUAAGUGGUUUGUUUGCACGGACCUUGUUGCCGUGAGUGAUUAGCAUUAUCCUAUCGUCCGCUUCUUCACGCACAAUGAUUUAUAAGUCUAAUUCAGCCGUGGCCGUACGCGACGAGAAGAAAACUUUCCUCGGUAACACGAUAGCAACGAUCCUCGAGCCUCUUGACGGGCCGCUUGUGAAUUUACCAUUAUCUGAUCAAUCCGAGCCGGUGCAAUACCGUUAUGAAUGAAGAUACCGAUCGACCGGUUUCCGCGAAUGUCAAAAUUCAACACCCGUAUCGCAAACGCACUACGGCGAUUCGAAAUUCCGUCGCCACGGCUGUCAGGGAAAAUUCGCUGGCCUUACGGAAAAGUGCGUGAAAAACGCACAGUUUCUCCCCCACGGCGACCGCGCGCGCGCGAUUCUCGGUCGUAUCCAAUCGCAUCCGGCGCGGCCAUGCCGGGGGAUCCAUCUCAUGGGGGAUCCUGGCGGGAGACGACACGUGGUUGCUGCAGUGGCGGUCGGCACGAGGCUGGGCUCCCUACUACCUUCUUUCACGGCUUCCUCGUCCACGCUGGACGCAAUGAGGCGAUCGUCAAAGCGCGACCGGUAGUCGAACCGCGUGCACGCCGACGACGAGUACGGGGGGAACACGCGGAGUGUGCCACGCGAGGACCACGGAACGUCGUCGCGCGAUCUCGGGUUUCGAGAAAGAGGAUAGGAAAGAAAGAACGAAGGGAGAAUGACGCGAGGUUAAGUGCCGAUCACCGAGGACCUGAGGGAUUUUCGACGACGGCAGCGACGAAUGAUUCGACGGCUCGAUCGGUCGCACGUCACUGCCGCCUCCCGGGGAACGAGCGACCAGUUGGCCAUCGCGUUCGCCGAGAGACCGAGGUCACCGGCCACACUAAGAUUUUCUUUCAUUUCGCGAUCCAUGUGUUUAACGGUCGCGGUCGGGUAUCGCGUCUGCCGUAUCGCGCGCACUCGCGCGUUCAAUUCGAAUGUGUGAAUGCGGUCUCGUAUUCGUAAGAAACGAUCCACGGGAGAGAUGGACCGGGUAUGACGAUCAACUGAAUGUCUUGCGGUACAGGCGGUGGUGCACACACUGUGAGGAACGACUAGCUUCGAAAUUGGGAUCAGGAUGCGGUGGAUCGGUUACGUGGCCACGAUUCUCUGGUGGUCGGGCAUCGCUAGGUCUCUCAGCACGCUGAAUCGAGGUCACAGUUACAAAAUCACUCCGAAGCCCUGUAAAGUGCCCGGUCCGGAGACCAGGGAAGGCACGUGCAUGUUCGUGUGGGAGUGCAUCAAGUCCGAGGGGACGCACGUGGGUGUGUGCGUGGACACCUUCAUGUUCGGCAGUUGCUGCGUUCACAACACGACGGUAAACACGAUAGGCACCUCUUCUCAUCAUUCUCAUCAUCAGCAGCAUCACGGUACGAGUACACUCAGGCCAGGUCUACUCCUGGAGCCAACGGGGAACGAGACCAUCAGAUUGACGUCGACUUCCCUCUUGGGCUUCCCCUCGACAGCGUCGAGCACCACGAAGCCGAAUUUCCAUCACUUCUCGGGAUCCGGCGGGGCCUCAACCAGACCGAUGAAACCAUACUCGCACGGUGUCGGGCGGCCCUUGCAGAAGAGGCCGCACGCCAAGCCAACGUCCGAGCACGACGUCAACGUGCUGCAGACCCCCGCGGAGGUGUCCUCCGCGUCUACGAACACGUGGACGGAAGGGUGGCCGCAGGAAACGAAGAGACCGGGUCAUCACGCGGGUCACUCUCAUCAUCACAAGACCAGACCGGAGAACGAUAGAACGCCGAGCGAGAGACCGUCGCCCGUUCAAAGCCAACCGGGUUUCAAGGACAAGCUGGACACACAUAAUACUCUAAUAGUGCGCUUGCCGGGGAAGGAGCAUGCCGAAGACGAGGUCGUUGGUACGAGCAAGCCGAACAAACAGGGCAAACCGGGUAAACCGGGCAAUCAAAGGCCCUUUGAGUCGCGGCCGGACGACGGGAAGACCGAAGACGCCGAUCUCAGCGUGCAGGAGACGAUAAAUCGACCGAAUGUCAAUUCCGUCAUUGAAAGUGAUACGGGAAAAGAGUCACGUCCGGGUUUGAAUUUCGUGCACACCGAAAGGCCACACUGGGCGACCAAGCCAGCGCAGUCGAAACCAUCGUCGACGGACUUCUCGAAGCCGUACUUUUCAAUCAAAACGACCACUUAUCGACCAAUAAUAAGCAAUCAGCCUGAUCACAGACCGAAUUUCAUUUCGAGGCCUAACUGGGUACUGUCCACGAAAACGUCGACGACAACGACGACGACUGUCAGGCCGACGUACGCCAGGCAGCCGUCCACCAGCGCAGCCGGAUCCGUGCCACAAACCUCUCACUGGCAAGUGACCACGGAACCGGCGUUCGUCACAAAACAAAAACCGUCCUCGGUGUCGUCCUCAUUCUCGUCAUCCUUACCAACGUCGCUCUCCUCGCCGUCGUUGUCGUCGUCUUCGUCAUCCAAACCGACAACCGCGAUUACCGUGCCGGAAACGGUACGAAUACCGUCUUCAGGUACGAGUUCCCAUUUCUGGUCGAACAGCUGGACACCGCCUAGGCCGUCCUUGAAACCGCACUGGACCGACAGUCCCGGCCUCCUUCACAAUGGCCCAGAAAACUUUCCACCGCGGCCGAGCCUGAAACCGACCGAAUCGCAACAGAGCACCGAGUACCAGAAGCCGUUGGGCUCGGCGCAUUACAUAACGACAUCCCACUUGGAGACUUCAACGAGGCCGCGGCCGACGAAAAAAACCACGAUACAGAGCACGACGCCGUCCACGUUGUUGUCCUCCGCGAGCGGCACGACCAGCCUUACGACCGCGAUGGCAACGGCGACGACCACGAGGAGCACGACCAGCUCGAGCACGAGCGUCGCCACGGCGCAGGGAUCCUCCACCACCGAGGAGGCGGCGAGCGAGAAGGCGACGGGCUCGGUGAUGACGGUUGCGGCCGCCGAGGAGAGCAGGAACAUGCAGUGCGGCGUGCCGCCGCUGUUCCCGCGGCCGGAAACCAGGAUCGUCGGCGGCAAGGACGCGUCGUUCGGCCGCUGGCCCUGGCAGGUGUCCGUGCGCAGGACCUCCUUCUUCGGCUUCUCGAGCACCCAUCGCUGCGGCGGGGCGGUGCUCAACGAAAACUGGAUCGCCACUGCGGGCCAUUGCGUCGACGAUUUGCUGACGUCGCAAAUCCGGAUACGAGUCGGCGAGUACGACUUCUCGUCCGUGCAAGAGCGGCUGCCCUACGUGGAGCGCGGCGUCGCCAAGAAGGUCGUACAUCCCAAGUAUAACUUCUUUACGUACGAGUACGACCUCGCGCUGGUGCGACUCGAGAGCUCCUUAACAUUCGCCGCGCACAUCUCGCCGAUCUGUCUGCCGGCCACGGACGACCUCCUGAUCGGGGAGAACGCGACGGUCACCGGCUGGGGAAGGUUGAGCGAGGGUGGCACGUUGCCCUCGGUCUUACAAGAAGUAUCCGUGCCGAUAGUGAGCAACGACAGGUGCAAGUCGAUGUUCUUGAGGGCCGGCAGACACGAGUUUAUACCAGACAUUUUUCUCUGCGCCGGUUAUGAGACCGGGGGGCAGGAUUCGUGUCAGGGCGACUCUGGUGGGCCUCUCCAGGUUCGCGGAAAGGAUGGCAGGUACUUCCUCGCUGGUAUCAUAUCCUGGGGCAUCGGCUGCGCGGAGGCCAACCUACCGGGCGUCUGCACGCGGAUAUCCAAGUUCGUACCGUGGAUUUUGAAGAAUGUCGUCUGAUUUGUUAGGCGAGGAAACGCGCGAAGGGACGAAAUUCAUCGCCCAGAGACUCGCCAGCAAUUCACGGUGUCGUCCCGUGCGAUAUCAAAAGACAUUAUCUUAAAUUCGUUACGUCAAUGAAAAUAAGCGCUUUUAUAUCGUUUGCAUUUAUUUAUUUGCAUUUACACUGCCACUCACGGAGUAAAGAUCCUGGUCGCUAUAUAUAAAUAUUAUAUUAGUGACGUAUGUGAAAUCUCGUGCAUUUAUAGCAGCACACUGAACUGUAUUUAUACAUAAAAGUAAGUAAGGAAAUAAUAUAUUUGCUAGAUUAAGGCUAAACAAACAAGGGAAGUCUGAGUUGUGUAAUAAAAAGAUCAAAGGAGUAAUCUCAAUAGCUUUCAAAGAUAUAUCGUUAUCAUUCUUGCCACUUUGCCUCUGCAUAGGAAAUAUAUAUAUGAUAUACACAUAUAUACAAACACAUAUACACUGAAAAGAAAUUAAGAAAGAAUCGUUAAUUUGUAAAUUACAUAUAUGAUUGUUUUAUUGUUGUAAAACCAAUUUCAAAAUUAGACACUGUCGAUUUUGUAACUUAGACAAAUGUAACUAGAGCUAAAAACAAAUAAAAAAUAUGAAUGUUUAUAAUUAAGAAUCGCAAUUUCGAUUCUUAUAGUUUUCAUUAAAAAAUGCAUAAUAAGUAUCUGCUUUUAUUAAUUAGCAAAAUGUAUAAAAAGUUUACCCUUCGUUGUACGGCAUGAGAUAGCUUGGAAUAUUUUUUCCAAUGCUCAAUCCCAUAUCUUUCAAGUUACGCUCACUGCCGCUUUUCUAUCUUUUAUAUUUCUUUAUUUACAUAUAGGAAUUUGUACAGAGCACAAUAUUAAUUGCGUGUACUUGAUAGUAAUUGUGUGCGAGCUAAUAGGAAGUUUAUAUUGUAAAAUUAUUUAUAAGUAUCGUCAAAUAAACGAGUGUUUAUUUAAA